AUGUCUGGCAAAGGAGGCGGCGCAUAUGGUGCGCGAGCAUCCGACACAGACUUCCGCAAGAAAUGGGACAAGGAAGAAUACGCGGAGAAGGCGCGGCAGCACGACCAGGAGGAGAAAGAGCGCAUGCAGGAGAACGAGGAGCGGCUGAAACAAGGGAAGAAGCCUAGGAAAGGCCGUCGGGAUGACCUCCCUAAACCCACGGAGCUCAUGAAACGGCGCGAAGGUGACUUGGAACUGGAGAAGAACCUCGGUAAGACCAUCGUCGUGCAAAAUCAGGGCACACGCGGGCCAGGCGUACCGGGAUUUUAUUGUGAAACAUGUAAUCGCACAUAUAAAGACAGUGUAGGGUACCUAGAUCACAUCAACGGUCGUGCACAUCUACGUGCCCUCGGUCAAACCACUCGCAUUGAGCGCUCGACUGUAGAGCAGGUUCGUGCACGCAUUGCCUACCUAAGGGAUAAGACCCGUGAAGCCUCUACCGCAAAGUCCUUCGACUUCGAACAGCGCCUAGCAGAAGUGCGCGAUCGGGAGGCUGCAUUGCGCGCGGAGAAAAAGGCAGCGAAGAAGGCCCUGCGGGAACGAGUACGGGUAGAGCUUGCGAAAGAGACCGCGGCUGUUGAACCGCAAGGAGAGAACGACAUGAUGCAGAUGAUGGGCUUCAGCGGUUUCGGCUCUUCCAAGAAGUGA